GUACUCCCAGGACAAUACUCCGUUUAUAUCGUCCGAACCUUUUGCUCUCCACCAUUUUUUCCCUCUCCGGCUGUCUCCUCUCCGAUACCCAUCCACUCUCGCCGACGAUUUCUGUCAGUUUGUCGAAGCUUCUCAGAUCAAAGCUCGCCAUUGCCGGGAAGUGUUGCUACUUUCUUUAUCUUCACUUGUUAUUUAUUUAAUUUCACUACUUUAAUUUUCUCGACUUGUUAUUUGUUGUUUAUGCUGUUCAUGUUCUGAGAUUAGGAAGUUCAGUACUGAAUAUUACUCGUUUUAUGGGUGAAGCUUGGAUUUCUUAAGUUGAUUCUUGUGGCAAUUUUGCGGAGUGAGUUGGUGUUGCGUGAGUAUGUGGAUCGCUGUUGUUUGGAUCCAUGGAUAUGUGGGUGUACUGUUUCUGGAUUUUUGGGGGCAUAGAGAGGCGGAUUAGGACAUCUCUAGGGUUUUUGUUUGGGGUUAUUGGAGCUCCCUGAUUAUCAAGCGGAAUUCUUGUUUGGUUUCUAGUUUCUUUUUUCUCCUUUUCUUUUCUUUUGGAUUUCCUGAGCUGAUUUAGAAUUCCUGGAAUUCUGAACUAGUGACUACUUUACGUAAUGGAAACAAAAAUUGGAGGUGAUUUUCACCAUUUCUAUGGUCCAAGUGCAUCUGAUUUUAUGCUGAAGGAGAAGGAUUUGUUAGGGGUCGGGAAGAAGAGUUUAGAAUGGGAUUUGAAUGACUGGAGGUGGGAUGGGGAUCUCUUCAUCGCUAACCCCUUAAACUCUGUCCCAUCAGACUGCCGGAGCAGGCAGUUAUUCCCUGGCAGUUCUGGAAUUCCCACAGCUGGUGGUUCAUCAAAUAGUUCUUCUUCUUGUUCCGAUGAGAUUAAUCCAGGCUCUGAUAAAGGGAAUAGGGAAUUGGAGAAGAAGCGGAGGGUUAUUGUAGUCGAAAAUGAAGACUUGAACGAUGAAGUUGGGUCCCUCACAUUGAAGCUUGGCGGCCAUGGUUAUCCUGUUGUGGAAGGGGAUAUUUCAAAUUGGGAUGGCAAGAAUGGAAAGAAGACCAAGUUGCUUGGGACUACUUCCAACCGUGCUGUUUGUCAGGUGGUGGGUUGUGGGGCUGAUCUUAGCAAUGCCAAGGAUUACCAUAGACGACAUAAAGUCUGUGAUAUGCAUUCCAAAGCUAGCAAGGCACUUGUAAGCAAUGUCAUGCAAAGGUUCUGCCAGCAGUGUAGUAGGUUUCAUGUUCUUCAAGAGUUUGAUGAAGGGAAGAGAAGUUGUCGGAGACGUCUGGCAGGCCAUAAUAGGCGGAGGCGGAAAACCCAUCCUGAUGCUGCUGCUAAUGGAAGCUCCCUGAGUGAUGAUCGGGCUAGUAGUUACCUAUUAAUAAGUCUAUUAAGAAUCCUUUCAAAUAUGCAUUCAAAUAGCUCAGAUCAGACAAAGGAUCAAGAUCUCCUGUCACAUCUUUUUAGGAGCCUUGCCAACAUUGCUGGCACAUUAGAUGGAAGGAACAUAUCUGGGUUAUUGCGGGAAUCCCAAGAUCUUUUGAAUGUUGCGACUUCUGUUGGAACAUCCUCAGAAAAAGUGUCACCCCCACUCGUAAAUGGCAUAGAGUCAACCGUGCCUGUGGGCUCCACUUCUAAGAUAAACAGAAAUGGUGCUGAAGGUCCUGAGGUCAGGCCUCUUGAUCAAUUUUUUAGUGCAUCUGCAGCUGAUCUACCUCAAAAAGGAAUGACUACAGCUGAUGUUCGGGUUGGAACUCUACAAGCUGGAUCUUUGCCAAAAUCCACAACCGUGAUUCCAAUAAAAGACAGCCAUCUGGCCAAGGCUGAGGUCACACAGUCUACUGUGGGGAGGAUUAAAUUAAACAAUAUUGAUCUGAAUAACAUCUAUAAUGAUUCACAAGAUUGCAUAGAAGACAUGGAAGGGUCACAAGCCCCUGUAGUUGAUUUCCCUUCAUGGAUGCAGCAGGAUUCUCACCAGUCAAGCCCUCCUCAGGCAAGCGGAAAUUCAGAUUCGGUAUCUGCACAGUCACCAUCUAGUUCCAGUGGAGAUACUCAGAGCCGCACAGAUCGAAUUGUUUUUAAACUUUUUGGCAAAGACCCAAAUGAUUUCCCUCUUGUUCUACGAGCUCAGAUCCUUGACUGGUUAUCUCACAGUCCUACAGACAUGGAGAGCUAUAUCAGGCCUGGUUGUAUCAUCCUAACAGUUUAUCUCCGUCUGCCAAACUCUACAUGGGAAGAUAUUUGCUGUGAUCUAAGUUUGUGUCUGAGAAGGCUCUUAGAUGCAUCUGAUGACACUUUCUGGACGACUGGAUGGGUGUAUACUAGGGUGCAGCAUCAAAUUGCAUUUGUCUACAAUGGUCAGAUUGUUCUAAACACAUCAUUACCUCUCAAAAAUCAUAGUCAUUGUAGAAUAUCAAGCAUUGCACCAAUUGCAGUUUCUUCAUUUGAGAAGGCUGAGUUUAUUGUCAAAGGCUUAAACCUAUCUUGGCCCACCACCAGGUUGCUCUGUGCAGUAGAUGGGAAAUAUUUGGUCCAGGAAGCUACUCAUGAUUUGGUGGAGGCCACUGAAACCUCCAAGGAGUAUGAUGAAAUCCAGUGCCUCAGAUUUCAUUGCUCUCUCCCUGAUGUAAUUGGGAGAGGAUUCAUUGAGGUUGAAGACCAUGGUCUCAGCAGCAGUUUUUUCCCAUUCAUAGUAGCAGAGCAGGAUGUGUGUUCUGAGAUCCGCAUGCUUGAGGGUGUAAUAGAGGCAGCUGAAUGUGAAAAUGGUGUCCAGGGAGGAGGUGGAAAAAUUGAAGCUAAGAAUCAAGCUCUGGACUUCAUACAUGAAAUGGGAUGGCUCCUACACAGGACACAUGUGAGGUCUAGAUUGGGUCAUAUGGAUCCUAACUUGGAUGCAUUUUCUUUCAGACGGUUCAGGUGGAUCAUGGAGUUCUCCAUUGAUCAUGGUUGGUGUGCUGUAGUCAAGAAACUCUUGGACAUUGUUUUCAAAGGAAAUGUGGAUGUAGAUGAGCAUCCCUCUGUUGAGUUUGCAUUGUCAGAGAUGGGCAUUUUACACAGAGCUGUUCGGAGAAACUGUAGGCCAUUGGUGGAACUCUUGUUGAGAUAUAAACCAGAGAAAGUUUCGGAUGAGGCAGGAUCUGAACACAACCAACAGGGUGGCAGAGCUAAUGAUGGCUUCUUGUUUAGACCUGAUGCUAUUGGCCCUGCUGGUUUGACACCUCUUCAUGCUGCAGCCAGUAGAGAUGGCAAUGAGAAUGUGUUGGAUGCAUUAACUGAUGAUCCUGGAAUGGUGGGAGUUGAAGCAUGGAAGAGUGCUCGUGAUAGCACAGGUUUUACACCGGAGGAUUAUGCCCGCCUCAGAGGUCACUACUCUUACAUUCAUCUGGUCUAUAAGAAGGUAAAGAAACCGGAAGCUGGGCAUGUGGUCCUUGACAUUCCUGGCAUUAUCUCAGAAUGCACCAACAAUCAGAAGCAAAUAGAUGGAUUGGAGUUGGCCAAAGAGACCCGCUUUCACAUCGACAAGACAAAAUUGGGAAUGAUUCGUCGACAUUGCAAGAUCUGUGAUCAACAACUAACAUAUAGCUCCACCAGCAGAUCGCUGGUGUACAAGCCGGCGAUGUUGUCAAUGGUGGCCAUUGCAGCAGUAUGCGUCUGUGUGGCCCUGCUCUUCAAAAGUUCACCGGAGGUUUUGUGCGUUUUCCCACCAUUCAGGUGGGAAUUGUUGGAUUAUGGACCAAUGUGAGUCUGACACGAUCCACCGAAUAGGUAUUCUGUUGUAGUUUCUAUAGGCUGUAAAUUGAUGAGCUUUCUCUGAUAGGACUCUGGAGCUUUGGUUGGACUUGAAUCCAGUAAACAUACUCUGUAUAUUUAUUUAUGUUAUUCCAUUCAACAAGAAAUUCCAUUAAUGCUUUGUCAGAGUGAAAGAUACGAGAAGGUGGCAGGGAAGUGUUUCUACUAUAAUUAAUUAAAACCGCCCCUGCUACUUAAAUAAUCAAUAUAGAAACGUUCCUGACUUCUUUCUCAA